AUGCCGCAACAAGAGCCAGUGCGUGUAUAUGUUUGUAUGUAUGUAUAUGCUGAUUGGUGUGAGCAUGGAACAGAGCAACCGUACGCAGCGUGUUGCCACCCGGCCAACCAGGGACUGAAUCCAGGUCUACGAAAACUGCAGAGGCAUUAUGUGAUGGCAGCGAUUAGAUGGCACAGAAAGUGCCAGUGGGCAGGAGGAGAGCAAGAAAAAAGAAGCUUCAAGAAGGUACCAACUGGAUGGCGAAAAGCAGCGGCGAGAAGAUGUGAUGUGAUGUCUCGAGCUGUUUGGUUGGUUAUGCGUGGUGCGGCUUUCGAUAAUGCAGAGAGUUGCACGAAUCGUGCCGAUUCGACAGUGGCAAGAGAGAUAGAUAACACAACGAAAAAGCUGACCAGCGUUGGCUUGGCCACGAGGAGAGUGCAGCUUGUUAAGAUGCCUAAAAAGUAUGAGCAGCAUAGUCGUAAUAUUGAAGCGCGAGGCAACACGGUGCACGAAUUUAGAACAGUGCAGUGA